CAUUCCAACGCUCCAACAUAUCAUUCCAACAACCAAUAGACUUGCAAUCCAAUUCCAACUUUCUUUCAAAAAAUUCGUCUUCACAAUACAGAUUUUCACUCUUACAGCUCUCAGUUUGGUAUUUGACUCUAUUCAUUUCUCAUCUUGUUCUUACCCUUUUGUGAGAAUCUCCUCUCCAGUGCCCCCAUGACGAAGAAGCUCUAAAAAAUGCAGUCUUCCACUUAAUUUGGUGCAAAAAAAGCUGGUUGGGGGGGGGGGGGGGGGGGGGGGGGGGUAGAGUUUUGACUCUUCACUGGGAAAUCCGCUUCCCAACAGAAUUAUCAAGGAAGCAUGGCUAAUUUUGAAAAUGACAAGCUGCUGAUGCUCUCAGAUACAGAUGCACAACCAUAUGAUGAACCCUUGGAUGCUAAAUUUCGAAGGACAGUAACCAGGACACAAAGUGCAUCAAUUUCUAUUUCUAUGAGUUCCUUGGAGUCAUAUGAUAAAGAAACUAGCCUUGUGGGACAUACUGGUCCACUUCAGAGCAAGAGAAAAACACCCUUUAUGCAGAUGAGUGGUCCAUUAUAUGCUACCACUGGAACUGGAAAUCCUCUGCAGAAGCAUAUUGUAUCUGGAAACAAAGCAGAGGAGAGAAAGACAGAUAAUUUUGCUACUCUCCGUGACACAGGUUCAAAUUACUGGAAUAAUGACUAUGAUAGAAAAAAUGAACACUUACUAAGGUCUGGGCAACUGGGAAUGUGCAAUGAUCCUUAUUGUACUACUUGCCCUACCUACUUCAAUGCUUCUCAGCAAAGAAAUCCAAAACCUUCGACUAGAUGGGAUCCAAAGUUCCAUAAUGCUCUUUAUGGGGAUGCCAAGAGUUUUGUGAGAAAACUUCUUUCUUUCUGCUAUUCGUAUGUUCCUGGAGUUAUGAACCCUCAUGCUAAAGUCGUACAAAAAUGGAACAAAUUUUUGGCCAUUUUUUGCUUGAUUGCUAUUUUUGUGGAUCCAUUAUUUUUCUUCUUACUCUAUGUGGAGAAGGAUAAUAAAUGUAUUGUUAUCAACUGGCCUUUGACAACAGCACUUGUUUUAUUUAGAUGUGUGACUGAUUUUGUUUAUUUCCUUAACAUUCUUCUCCAGUUUAGGUUAGCUUAUGUUUCUCGUGAGUCGAGGGUGGUUGGUGCUGGAGAUUUGGUUGACCAUCCAAAGAGGAUUGCUCUUCAUUACCUAAAGGGUUAUUUCCUUAUUGACUUAUUUGUUGUAUUUCCUCUUCCUCAGAUAAUGAUAUUGUUUGUCCUACCAAAUUCCUUGGAGGGAGCAAAUUAUGCCAAGAAUCUUCUCCGUGCAGCGAUCUUAGUGCAAUAUAUCCCCAAGUUAUUCAGGUUUCUGCCACUGCUAAUUGGCCAAUCUCCCACAGGAUUCAUAUUUGAGUCAGCCUGGGCAAAUUUCAUUAUAAACCUUCUCAUUUUUAUGCUUGCUAGUCAUGUUGUUGGCUCUUGCUGGUACCUCUUCGGUCUUCAGAGGGUUAACCAGUGUCUGCGGGAUGCCUGCCAUAGUUCCAAUAUACCUGGAUGCAUGAAGUUCAUUGAUUGUGGACGUGGCCAUGGAAAGAAUCAGCCUAGCUUAAGAUCAGAUCAGUGGAUCAACAAUACCGAUGCCGUUGCUUGUUUGGAUCCCUCUCCUGAUGGUUUCUCUUACGGGAUUUAUGAGAAUGCUGUACCACUUACUAUAGAAACUAACAUUGUCAAUAAAUAUGUGUAUUCUCUUUUUUGGGGAUUCCAGCAAAUCAGUACUCUAGCUGGUAAUCUAGAACCUAGCUAUUUUGUGUGGGAAGUCCUUUUUACUAUGGCCAUCAUAGGAAUGGGACUCUUGCUUUUUGCAAUUCUUAUUGGAAACAUACAGAACUUUCUACAGGCUCUUGGGCGGAGGAAGCUGGAAAUGCAACUUAGAGGCCGGGAUGUUGAGCAAUGGAUGAGCCAUCGGCGCUUACCAGAAGAUCUAAGAAGGAGAGUAAGACAGGCUGAACGGUAUAAUUGGGCUGCAACAAGGGGGGUGAAUGAAGAAAUGCUUAUGGAGAAUUUGCCAGAAGAUCUUCAGAGAGACAUAAGACGUCAUCUCUUCAAAUUUGUUAAGAAAAUUCGGCUUUUUGCUCUGAUGGAUGAACCUAUCUUAGAUGCCAUUUGUGAUAGACUAAGACAAAAGACAUACAUCAAAGGAAGUAAAAUUCUAAGUCAGGGUGGUCUAGUAGAGAAGAUGGUAUUCGUGGUGCGUGGCAAAUUGGAAAGCAUUGGAGAAGAUGGAACUAGAAUUCCUCUAUCUGAAGGGGAUUCUUGUGGUGAAGAACUUCUGACAUGGUAUCUUGAGCAUUCUUCAGUCAGCACAGAUGGUAGAAAAGUAAGGCUUCCAGGACAGAGAUUGGUUAGCAACAGGACAGUAAGGUGCUUAACAAAUGUGGAGUCAUUUUCACUCUCUGCUUCGGACAUUGAAGAAGUCACAAUCCUUUUCACAAGAUUCUUGCGGAGUCCAUGCGUUCAAGGAGCUCUAAGGUAUGAGUCACCUUAUUGGAGAUCCCUUGCUGCGACCCGCAUUCAAGUUGCAUGGAGAUACAGGAAGAAACGUCUAAGUCGUGUUAAUUCCUCACCAUCAGAUUAAACAUUGAGGUCGUGGGUUGCACUUUUAUAUUUGAUUUGAUAGUGUUUAUGAUCUUCAACCCAAUAUAGUAGUAGAUUCACUAGGUUGUUACCACAUACAAAGGUGUCCAUUUUUAAUUAAAACAACAAAGGGUAAAUUAAUUCCACCUCCAAGUUUAUUGUGUCUACACUCAAUACCUUGCAUUUUGAAAAUGAGAAAUGCUAUGGCACAUCCCCAAUUAAGAGGGUGUAUACUAGGAAGCAAAUUAAUUAAAGUGUGCUAGGAAUUAUGGGAGUUUGGUUGUCAAUGCUGUAUUGCUGUUGUUGAUGUUGUCAUGACAGCAACAACAGUUAGCAUUGAGAGAUGAUUGGUCAAGCUGUCAGUUACUAUCAGUUGGCAGAGAAGAUUUUAAUAAUUGUGAGAUGAGGAGAAUUAGCCAUUCAUUAAGUAUUUAACCUUGCAACAAUAAACCUGAAAAAUAUUUCAUAAUCAAUCAAAAUGUUGCUUAUGAGACUCAA